GUGGAGGAAAUUGACACUAUUUAGACCAGGGUCACAAGGCUCAUGUCUCCUGCGAGCGAGACCACAACGCACUGAUUUUCCCAGCGUAGAACCCUUCAGUAAUGGCGACUCUUACCAAUGACGGGGAGGGUCCGCUUCAAGUGCCUGGGUUCGGCUCCAUUCCCUUGGAUUUUCAGCUCCCGCCAGAGGCUCGCUUUGCGCAUGGGUUGUUGGACUACCGCCACACGCCUCGGUUGACCAAGCGGGAGAUGGCGAUGCUUCGUCUCAUGCAACAGGUCACGGAGAAACCUGGAUGGGAUGCCGCCGUACUGGAUUCAAAUGAGAUGCAGAUCGCGCAAUGGUACCGCGAGGCCACAGAAGGACCGGACGGUCACUUGAUCAGCACCGCUGCAUGGGAAUGGUGCCUGGCGGAACUGCGCGAUAAAGCCAGAACGUGGCGAGAAACAGGCCGCCUCCUGGUCUUUGACAGUUCCUCGGCUUCUCGAGUCCUGGUUCAUGAGGGACGGACCUCCCUUGACAAUUAUCUCUGGGGUUCGGCCGAAGAACCCGCUGGAGAGCUACCCCCUCAUCCCUUGGGUCUUCCCCAAGACCGGCCCCAUCAUUUGGAUCGCAGGCCUGGUCAGGGAGGACCGGAGAGCUGCUGGUGGAACCGCUUCCAAUGGCUUCCUUGUGAGGUGAAGUUCAAUAACACUGACCCCCUGGAUGUUCGCAUUACUUCAUACGUUAAUAACCUUCACCCGGGAAAACACCAGAAACUGUAUAGGUACCUUGAGCUCCUCAUAGCAAGCUCCGUUUCUUCCUGGAAUGAGAUCUUAUUUUACGGCAAUACCCGUGGCUGUCGGCCACCACGUAUCCUGACAUAUGGAUGCGAGGUUCAUAACUAUAAAGAAGAGCCCAAAUUGUUCGAUGCUCUGCAUUAUGGGCCCCGCUGGCAGCUACAGUGUGACACCUACGAAGAGUGGGAAAUACUGCGCAACACAGCUCGUGAGUACAUUGAAGGCCCUGAACCACUCAAAUGGAAGCGGGUGGAGCCCUUGCCUGACAAGCCCGCCAAUUUGAUGGAUCUGCUCUCUCCCGAUCAAUGGGAUGUUCCUACCCACGUUUGUCAGGUCGCUAAAUUCAAACGCACUCGUCGAGCUUGGUUCAAUCACCCAGAACCCGGUGUCUCGUUCUCGUACCAACAGUGGAAGCGGGGUGAUUUUACAGGACGUGCAAUCCACGCGCAGGGAAUCAGCAAAUACCCGGAUCCGCUACACCAUGACCGCAAGCUUAGUCAAUUAGAGAAGCAAUUUCAAGAUAAGGGUCUCCAGGUUGUAGUGGAAAUUACCCGCAUCGAAAUACACCCCGACAAUCCCAUCUAUAACAGGGAGAGGCAUUUCCACACCGAGGGGCUCCGCAACGACCGGAUAGCAGCCACCAGUCUGUAUGUUGUGGAGUGCAAGAAUCUCACCCAAGUCCGCUUGGCGUUUGAGCACGAAGACAAAAUCCACGCCUCAGAGCUCCAGUGUCAGGUGCCUAAAGCACUUGUCGCAGUUUAUGAUGUAAAUUUCCCGGAGCGGUACGAGGAGGAGGCCCCUUGGGCACUGCACACUUUCGGGUCGGUCCCGCUCACAGAGGGCCAUCUUCUCAGCUGGCCCAAUACCUAUCGAUCAAAGCUGGAGUCCUUCCGCUCAGUGGACCCCAGACAGCCGGGGAAUCUAACCCUGAUCAAGCUUCGACUCGUCGAUCCCCAUUAUCGUACCUGUUCAACGCAGAAUGUUCCUCCGCAGCAACAUAUGUGGUGGGCUGCUGCAGCCCGACAGGCAGCUCGGCUCGAUCAACACCUACCUCUGGAGCUGGUGUGGUCUGUAAUGGAUCAAGUGAAAGACUGGCCAAUGUCCGCAGAAGAGGCCGAAGAGCUACGCAUAAAAUUGCUACUUGAGCAUGAACGCGUGCGGCGGGUCAUUGAUUCGUGCGUGGGACACCAUCUCGCUUACGAUGGAGAGAGAUCACGAUAUUUAAGCAAUCUAGUGUCCGAGGCCGGUUAUAAGUCCCCUUAG